UCUCAUUUUAACCCUGUUUUACGCCUGGCAUAUUCGAGUCUUGCUCACCCAUAAGGGAAGGUGCUCUCUCUCUCUCUCUCUCUCUCUCUCUCUCUCUCUCUCUCUCUCUGAGAGCCGUGAGCCCUAGAACACAUGUGGAUCACUGUUAUCUAGAGCUUAUCGCAAGCGUGACACAUUGAAACACGUGCCUACACUCUCCUCACACCACCGAGGCUCAGAAAAGCACAGCACAGUGUAGUAUUAGCAGUAGUAAGAGCAUGGCCCGUCCUCCUCGUGUUAUUAAGGUAUUAGUGGUGGGGAACAGUACUGUGGAUAAAGGACUCUUGCUCAGCAAAUUCGAGAACAGUGAGAGAAGAGAUUAUUCCUUUGUAUCUACUAUUGGUUUAUCUUGCUGCCUUACCAUCAUUCCUCUGGUUUUAAGCAUUCCCUUUCGUGUGAGGGACGUAAACGUAGAUGGCCAGACGGUCAGACUGCAGCUGUGGGACGCAGGGUGGACCGAGGCGUGGGCUGCCGUGGACGCCUCGUCCCACGACGCCCGUGCAGCUUCCGCCCUUCUGCUGGUGUACGAUGUGACUAGGGAAGACACCUAUGAGAGCGUCAGGAUGUGGCUGCAGAGAGUGAAAUCGGCUGGACGUUGCACAGACCGGGUUGUUAUGAUGGUUCUUGGGGACAACUGUCACUUUCAACGUGAUGAUCGGCAGGUGACGUGGGAGCGAGGCAAGGAGCUGGGGCGAGAGGGACGCGUGGCGUUCUUAGAGGUCUCCUCUGUCACCGCCGCCAAUCUGGAAACGGCCCUCAAGUCCGUGGCUCGCGCUGUGCUGGCUAAGGAAUCGGCGGCUGCCCACCAGUCCUCAAGCAACGACAGAAGCACGUGUUCAUUGCAGUAAAGUCUCGUUUACACGGGGCAAGUAGAGAGGCAAGUCAAGUGUACAAGUUGCCCGCUUUCACUUUUCAUAGGCAAGCAGUGAUAACAAGUAAUUUACACGUAAGCAAGUAAUAAGAGCAACCAAGGUCCAUAUACACGGUGUAUAUAGAUCUUGAGAGCAACUACACUCUAAGAUGAUGUUGCACGUUUGACGAGCACACAUCCGUUUUUCCACAUGAUAAUGGAUUCUACAAAGAUUGUGUUUAAUAAGGUGUCGAAACAAUUGUGUGGUGAAAUAUUGAAGACAGCCUGAGGGAUGAGUAAAGGUACGCGCACAAAGAACGCGCGAGAAACCAGCGCCGAUCCGUUGGGACUCGCGCUGGUUUCCGGCGCUGGUAGGUGAGCACAAAGGACGCUGGUAAUCUGCUCUGACCAGCGCGGGGAGGGACAUGGUAGAGCAGUUUUAUCAGCCAGUCGUGAUUCAUCAGCUGUAAAACAAACAUGUCAAGCUCAUUGUCUGAUGAGCUAAUAACACACACACACACACACACACACACACACACACACAUUCUUUCUUUCACAGUCUAGUUCUUUGCUGAUUUCUGCCUACAGCUUGUCAACAACAUUCCUGUUUGCGUGGAGCUUAUUUCCCUUAUCCCACAAUGGUGGUUUCUCAAAUACUUUGCUGAUAAGUAAUUCGAUGUCCAUCCUGAAACAGACGUCUACUCGCGCGAGAAAGUAGGCAAGUAUGGUUCUGGGGAAACAGGAAAGCUGGUUGACGCGGGCUGCCUGCGCCGACAAGCUCUGUGCACGCUUACACUUGUUUAUAUGGUGUAAUUCUGUGCACGCUUACACUUGUUUAUAUGGUGUAAUUUUGGCUCUGGUUGGUGCAUGAAUUUUUAAAGCUUACUUGGAAAUAAUGGGAUACAUAGAAGAAUACAUGAUUAUUCCGGUGUGUAGAAAAGUCCACAGUACGAAAAGAUGUUUCAGUGAAGAAAAUUGUCAUGCAGGAAGUUUAUUUGAUUUGAGAUUAAAAUAUUACAAAUUUAUGUACACGACGUAACUCGCGCCUCAUAAAUUUGAUAUGUGGCA